GGUUUUGCUCUCCACCACUGCUCUCUCUCUCUCUCUCUCUCUCUCUCUCUCUCUCUCUCCGUACAAUGGCAGAUAUCAGCAACAGAAAGCUAAUCGUCGAAGUCUGCAACGCCAAAAACCUAAUGCCGAAAGACGGCCAAGGAACGGCCAGCACAUACGCGAUAGUCGAUUUCGACGGCCAAAGGCGACGGACCAAGACCAUAUUCCGAGACCUCAACCCUCGGUGGGACGAGAAGCUCGAGUUCUCGGUCCUCGACGCCGAGUCCUUGGCCGCCAAAACCCUCGAGCUCAAUCUCUACAACGACAAGAAGACCACGGGUAAGCGGAGCACUUUUCUAGGCAAAGUCAAGAUCAACGGAACCUCUUUUUCCACAUCUGAAACAACUGAUCUCGUUUACUAUCCGCUUGAGAAGCGGAGCGUUUUCUCUCAGAUCAAAGGCGAGAUCGGUCUCAAGGUUUGGUUGGAGGAGGAUAAGAUUCCGCAGCCGCCGGAGGAGCAGAAAUCGUCUGAAGCUGCUCCACCACCUCCGCCUGCCGCUGCGGAGGAAAAACAACCGGAGAAGGAAGAAAACAGAGCGAAUGAGGAGAAGAAGGAAGUGGAGAAAUCAGGAGAAGAAAACAAGCCGCCGGAGGAUUCGAAAACGGAGGAGCCUCCGGCGCCGGCGGUGGUUCAAGCGGAGGAGGAAAAGGCGGUGGUGGCAAGAAAAUGUCCUACUUUAGGCUCGAGCGAGUCGGAACCCCGGUACCAUGGCGGUGGUGGCGGCGGCGAUAGGAGGCGGAGGAGCGCGUACGAUCUCGUCGACCGGAUGUCGUUCCUCUUCGUGCGGGUGGUGAAGUUCAAGCAGUCGAAGCCGGAGCCCAAUUCGCUGGCGCACGCGAAGCUGGUGAUCGGUACACACAGUAUCAAAACCAAGAGCAAGGCGGAGAACAAAGAGUGGGACCAAGUCUUCGCGUUUGAAAAGGAAGGGUUGAACUCUGCUUCGCUGGAAGUGUCCGUUUGGAUCGACAAGAAAAAAGGCGCAACGGAUGAUAAUUCUACGGAGAGUAGUAAUAUGGGGAACGUAACGUUUGAUUUAACGGAGGUCCCGAAGCGGGUCCCACCGGACAGCCCUCUAGCACCGCAGUGGUACACUCUCGACGGCAAGGAUUCGCAGGGAAAUGACGUCAUGCUCGCCGUUUGGAUCGGGACGCAGGCGGACGAGGCGUUUCAGGAGGCGUGGCAAUCGGAUUCCGGCGGGUUUAUACCGGAGACCCGAGCCAAGGUUUAUCUCUCUCCGAAGCUGUGGUAUUUGAGGCUAACGGUUAUCCAGACCCAGGAUCUGCAGUUAGGCUCGGGCGCUACCGAGCCUAAGUUUAAAAACCCCGAGCUUUACGUAAGAGCACAGCUGGGGGCGCAGCUUUUUAAGACCAGCCGAGCCAUGGUCGACUCGUCGAGCUUUUCGUCCAAUCCGACGUGGAAUGAGGAUCUAAUAUUUGUGGCAGCCGAGCCGUUUGAGCCGUUUUUGGUUGUGACGGUGGAGGAUGUAACUAAUGGACGCGCCUUGGGCCAUGCCAAGAUCCACGUGGCAAGUGUUGAUAGGAGGACGGAUGACACAUCAGAGGUGAGGUCCAGGUGGUUCAAUUUGGUUGGUGAUGAGAAUAAGCCGUACGGCGGGAGGAUACACGUGAGAGUGUGCUUGGAGGGUGGGUAUCACGUGCUUGACGAGGCUGCUCACGUGACAAGCGAUAUGAGGGCAACGGCAAAACAGUUAGCAAAAGCUCCAAUUGGAUUGCUAGAAGUGGGUAUUCGUGGGGCCACCAAUUUGCUUCCUGUGAAAACGAAAGACGGUACUCGUGGGACCACGGAUGCUUACGUGGUGGCGAAGUAUGGGCCCAAGUGGGUUCGCACCCGUACGAUUCUCGAUCGGUUUAAUCCCCAAUGGAAUGAACAGUAUGCAUGGGAUGUCUACGAUCCCUGCACCGUGCUCACCAUUGGGGUGUUUAAUAAUGUAAGGUACAAGCACGAUGAGGCUGGGAAGCAAGAGAAGGAUGCAAGGAUUGGGAAAUUACGUGUAAAGUUGUCAACGCUCGAUGUGAAUCGAGUGUACACGGAUUCAUAUUCGCUUACGGUGUUGCUUCCCGGAGGGGCCAAGAAGAUGGGAGAGAUUGAGAUUGCUUUGAGGUUCACAUGCUCGUCGUGGCUUAGUCUUAUCCAGGCAUACGCUAGCCCGAUGCUACCUAGAAUGCACUACGUGUGCCCGUUGGGCCUCGCGCAACAAGAUAUCUUGCGUCAUGCGGCAAUGCGCAUAGUGACAGCUCGAUUGGCCCGGUCCGAACCGGCACUAGGUCAUGAGGUGGUUCAGUUUAUGCUAGACUCGGACACGCAUGUGUGGAGCAUGAGGCGGAGCAAGUCCAAUUGGUUCAGAAUCGUGAGUUGCUUGUCCAAGGCCGCCGCUUUCGCAAAGUGGCUCGAUGAGAUACGAGGCUGGGUGCACCCACCCAUUACAGUUAUGGUCCAUGUGUUACUCGCGGCUAUUGUGUUCUUCCCACACCUAGUAUUGUCCACAAUGUUCAUGUACGCAUUCUUGAUCAUAGGAUUGAGAUUUCGUCAUCGUCAACGGGUUUCACUCCAUAUGGAUUCGAGAUUAUCCUACAUCGAUGCCGUAGGAUCCGACGAGCUCGAUGAGGAGUUUGAUGGGUUUCCGAGCACACGAUCGCCCGACCAAGUUCGUAUUAGGUACGAUCGCUUGCGGGCCCUAGCUGGUAGGGCCCAAAUGCUUUUGGGGGAUGUGGCAGCACAAGGGGAAAGAUUGGAGGCUUUGUUCAAUUGGAAGGACCCUAGGGCAACUGGGAUAUUCGUGGUGGUGUGUCUAUUGGCCUCACUGGUGUUCUACGUAGUGCCAUUCAAGGCCUUUGUGUUGGGGUCCGGAUUCUACUACCUCCGCCACCCAAGGUUUAGAGAUGACAUGCCGCCAGUGACCAUAAACUUUUUUCGGCGACUUCCUUCGUCGUCACAUCAAAUUCUCUAAGACAAUAAACUGGGCAUUUGGUUACUCUUCAACUAAAGUUGUAAUUAGUUGGGGCUUGUUUUCUUAAAUUAUUUCGUUAGCAUUUGAUUUAAAAUAAUGAGGUACUGAUUAACGGUGGGAUUGGAAAGUUGUUUUCAUGUAUUAAAUUUGA